AACGUUUAUUUUCUGAACACCGUGUACACCUCAAUCAUUUCUUCUUGCAAGAAACUUGCAACUUAAAAGUUUGGAUUUUUUCAAAGUGUAGUAUCUGUACAAAAAACAUAUUUUUGCUUUAUCAUUUGCUUUUGUGUGCGUGUUUUGCACACUAACAUGUUCGUUUUUCAGUUUUCAGAGUCUUCCGUGUGUGCUCGCACAUCCAUUCAAAUAGUUUUGAUCCGUACCGACGCAUCUUCUCCCCAUUCCGUGUCAAUUUGGUUCUGUUGUCUGCAUCACUCGCCUUACUGUUGGGACAGUCUGGAGCCCAUGUGUGUGGGACUGUGUCAGGCCCCAGGGAUUGGUCAACAGAGCGGAACCGUAAACAGGAAGGCCCUGGAGUGACCCAACCCCAGUGUGGGUUCCCCUGGGCUCCAGGGACUCUUCACAUCCCUCGUUCCAGCCUCAUUCCUGGGGCUCCUCUGAAAGGGGAACAUAAUAAAGGCCAAUCAAAGCUAAUACUUUCCAGUGGCAGCAAAACAACGUUUCAUUAAUCAUCAAUUUCAUCGGAUAUUGUUCUUAAGAAUGGUCUCCGUUAUGAGACAUGGGGUUUUUGGUGACCACAGUUUGAAUAAGGACCCCAAAUUGAGAUUUGCAUGGGCUAAUUGUCCUCAGGAUUCUGUUACAUUGCUGCCCUCUAGUGGUUUCUGUUAUCAAGAGGUCCGCUGUGGGCUUCUCACUCGUUUGUUUCCCUGGGACCACAGCAGUGAUAUUUGAACAUGGUUGUCCUUACAUAUCUCUGCUAUUCACAAGGCAGGUACAUGAAGGUCAAUGAGGUCCCCAAAAUAUUGUUUCCAUCUCCGCAGGUGCUGGGAACCCAAACUGCAAAGUGGCUAUUGUGAUGUGCAGGAGCAAGACCCUGGAUGCUAACAACAGAAACAGUGAUGCGUUCUUCAGACACGCUGACCACAGCAUGAUACUGGUCCCACUCCACACUCCUGGAGUAAACCUGAUCAGACCACUCACUGUAUUCGGACAGGAUGACGCUAUCCACGGAGGACAUUUUGAGAUACAGUUCGACAAUGUCCGUGUACCUUCCUCCAACAUCAUCCUGGGGGAAGGGAGGGGUUUUGAGAUCGCCCAGGGUCGUCUGGGCCCGGGCAGGCUGCACCACUGCAUGAGGGCGGUGGGGCUGGCCGAAUGGGCCCUGGAGCUUCUGUGUCAGAGAGCUGCCAACAGGAGCACCUUCGGAAAGAAACUCUACCAACACGAGGUGGUGGCCCACUGGAUAGCAGAGUGUCGUCUGUCCAUAGAGCAGACCCGCCUGCUAACGCUCAGUGCUGCUCACGCCCUGGACACUCUGGGGAGCAGGGCUGCCAGGAAACAGAUUGCCAUGAUUAAGGUGGCUGCGGCCAGGAUGGCCUGCGAGGUGACGGACUGCGCCAUUCAGGUUCACGGGGGCGCGGGCGUGUCGGAUGACUUUCCUCUCGCCCAAAUGUACGCGUACGCCCGCACCCUGCGCAUCGCAGACGGGCCCGACGAGGUGCAUCUGUCCUCCAUCGCCCGCCUGGAACUGAGAGACCAGCUGAAGGCGGCCCAGGCCAAGCUGUGAGCCUGAUGAAAUAUCACGCCAAUCAGGGAUCAUAUCAGACGGGGAGAAAAAUGACUCACAGGAUCAAAGCAGACGUGGAGAAAAAUGAAGCCAAAGCGGUACUUCAAUAAACAGAUACUGUCUCAAAUUAUGAUUGUAAUAGUGAAAAAAGGCAGCCUCUACCUGAUAUCACUGUGGUUUAAAACCUGAUUUCUGUGAUUUGUGUACACUACACCCACUGAUAUGAACAGGUUAAAGAUCUCCCGGCCUUAGCGUGGAGAGUGGAAUUACUCUUUUGUUUGAAAUUGUAAUGUUGAAUUACAGAUUGCACACAUUUUCUAAGAAAUGUUGUACUGUAAUGUCAGUGCAUGUGUACAAAUUGUCUGUUGCCAAACAGUAAUACUUGCACUUAGAUAUUCACAGUAAUACUUGCACUUAGUGAUUCAUGUUGCUUAACUACAUGCUCUUAUGGUUCUUCCCUUUGGCACUUAUUUUGUGGUUGUUCACAAUGUGUGCUUCUUGUUUUGGCUACCCGCAAUGCUGUGGGGGUAUCUUGUUAUUAUCAGUGACCUAUGCAUUUUGUAAAGCUCUCUCUUGGAAGUCGCUUUGGAUAAAAGCAUCUGCUAAAUGAAUAAAUGUAAUAUACCACCGUCCAAUAUAACUCGUAGGUAAGUAAAAGCAUAAUCUCUUUAAGAAGUUUCUACAAUGUCUCAUAUCCAGCUUUUCAAUAAACACCCAAUUAUUAUGAAUCCUUUUAAUGUGAACUACAAAAAAAGAAAUGAGACGGCAUGAAAAUAAGACUACGUCAUUGUCACACUCGGUACAGGUGUGGUCUACCACGAGGAUGAAUCCCAUUGGGUGGGCAGGGAAGGGGGGAGAAGAGAGAGACACACACACAAAUCUUAUUUUUUACAAUAUAAAACAAAAACGGUGGCCCAAUUGCCGUGGCAACACGUGCAUAACCAUUUUUCCUCGUCUGUACAACGACAUUCAGGCAGAGAGAACCCCAACUGCCACUCCCAGUCCUUUUAUACAUCACAGCAGAGAGGGGGGGGGGGGGGGGGGGGGGGGG